AACUCUCGCGGUAACUGCCAAUGCGCGUGCCGCCGAGUGAUGACUAUGCGCGUUACCGUGGCGGCGAAGGCGGCGCGUUUCCCUCCGUCCUCACUCCCGUGAAUCAGAAGUAGCUCAGGCGGGCUUUCGUCGCUGCUUUUUUAACUACACUUAACGAAAAAGAACUGCUAGCACCAUUGCAGUUCAUUUAUAUAAACAUAAGACUGACCAUAAGGGACAUUUGUAAGCCUUUUCACAGUUGAACGAGGGCCCGCUUCCCCUCACACAGACAGAGGCCGUCAUGAAGCUGACGGACAAUGUGCUGCGGAGCUUCAGAGUUGCUAAGGUGUUCCGAGAAAACUCAGACAAAAUCAACUGUUUCGACUUCAGCUCAAACGGAGAGACGAUUAUUUCCAGCAGCGAUGACGACUCGCUGGUCUUAUACGACUGCCAGGAGGGAAAACCCAAGAGGACUCUCUACAGUAAAAAGUACGGUGUGGAUCUGAUCAGGUACACACACGCAGCAAACACUGUGGUCUACAGCUCCAACAAAAUUGACGAUACCAUCCGGUACCUGUCGCUUCAUGACAACAAAUACAUCCGCUACUUCCCUGGGCACAACAAAAGAGUGACGUCUCUCUCCAUGUCUCCUGUGGACGACACAUUUAUUUCUGGCUCAUUAGAUAAAACAAUCAGACUGUGGGAUUUGCGGUCACCCAAUUGUCAGGGCCUGAUGCACCUGCAGGGGAAGCCGGUGUGCUCCUUUGAUCCAGAGGGCCUCAUCUUUGCUGCUGGAAUAAAUUCAGAGAUGGUUAAACUUUAUGAUCUGCGGUCGUUUGACAAGGGUCCCUUUGCAACCUUCAAGCUUCAGUAUGACCGGACAUGCGAGUGGACAGGACUCAAAUUUAGCAACGAUGGAAAACUCAUUCUUCUUUCUACGAAUGGCGGAGCCCUUCGCAUCUUAGACGCUUUUAAGGGCGCUGUGCUACAUUCCUUCGGGGGCUACAACAACAGUAAAGGUGUGACACUGGAAGCAUCGUUCACUCCAGACUCUCAGUUUGUUAUGAUUGGCUCUGAGGACGGAAAGAUCCACGUGUGGAAUGCAGAGAGCGGAAUGAAGGUGGCGUUAUUAGACGGGAAGCACACGGGACCAAUAACCUGUCUGCAGUUCAACCCCAAGUUCAUGACGUUUGCAAGUGCCUGCUCCAACAUGGCGUUCUGGCUCCCCACCAUCGACGACUGAUGACGGAGAAGUGAAGGCUUCUGUUGAAGGCCAAAGUCAAAGUGACCAGCAGGGGUCAGCACAGCCAGCUCUGUAAAUUUCCCAGGAAGUGCGGCCCGUUCGAUACAAAUUGUAAAUAAGUUGUUUGCAGAAAUAGAUUGUUUGUCUAUUCUUUUUUUAUAUUUCUAUUUAACAUUAAACCAUUUCUUUGUAAGAUGGUG